UAGCUGUUACAUAAAAUGUUCAUUUUGCUCCGGCAGCUCCAUGACAAUCAGCUGAACAGUUUACCUUGUGCUUUGGGAGAACUGCAGGAGCUUCAGCAACUGCGGCUCAGUCAUAACCAGCUGAGAGCACUUCCUGUGGAAGUGUGUACUUUGAAGAACCUCCAUAGCCUCACACUCCAGCAAAACCUGCUGGAGACCCUGCCAGAGGUCCUGGGACAACUGGAGAACCUGACCGAGCUGGAUCUGUCCAACAACCACCUGAUGGGCCUGCCCUCCAGCCUCGGCCGCCUCACCUGUCUACAGAAACUGAAUCUAAGUCACAACAAACUCAGCUGUCUGCCUGACACCGUGACCCAGCUCACAAAUGUUAAGCUGCUGGACUGCAGCAAUAACCAGCUGACUGAAAUUCCUGCCAGCCUAUCAGAGAUGCUUGCUCUGGAGCAGCUCUACCUCAGACACAACAAGCUCCGCCUCCUCCCAAAGCUCCCUGCACCUGUGCUUAAGGAGCUGUAUGUAGGUAACAACCAGAUUGAGCAGUUGGAGACAGAGCAGCUGGCCGUCCUGACAACCUUGUCUCUUCUAGAGCUCCGCGACAACAAAAUCAAAACCAUCCCUGAACAGAUAUCCUUUCUGAGCACACUCACAAGACUCGACCUCACCAACAAUGACAUUACCACUCUUCCAGCAUCGCUCAGCCUGCUGCCUGAUCUGAAGGUGUUACUGUUGGAGGGAAACCCUCUGCGAGGAAUCAGAAGGGAUCUGCUCACUAAGGGAACCAAUGAGCUUCUGAAAUAUUUAAGAGGAAGAAUUAAAGAGGAGCCUGAGAGACCAGAUGAAGGACAUACAGCUAUGACUUUACCCAGCCAGACCAGGGUCAAUGUCCACAACAUUAAAACUCUCAAGUUAUUGAUGUACAGCGAGAUGCAGGCAGGUAGUAUUCCAGAUGAGGUGUUUGAUGCUGCAGUAGAUCAAGGUGUUACCACUGUUAACUUCAGCAAGAACCAGCUGACCUCCAUACCUCCCAGACUGGUGGACUUCCAAUCCUCAGUGUCAGAUAUCAAUCUGGGUUUCAACAGACUGAUCUGCUGUUCUCCUGACAUCUGCAAGUUCCUGCAGCUGACACACAUCGACCUCAGGUACACACACGGACACAGAUCAACACACAGAUAACCAGAUAAGAUCUCC